AUGCCAUCCAGCAGUCAAAAUGUCGUGUCCCACCCCUUCCUCCCGCAACCCUCAGGGUCGAGUCGUCUGAGUCCAGUCGCAUCCACGAGCAGUGCCAACUUCGACUCGAACAACGCCAUCACCGAUACGUAUGACCGCAGCUUCGAUAAUAAUGAGAGCGGAAAACGCAAUCGAUACCAGUACAGCUGCCUGCAAUGUCAACGGCGAAAACAGCGAUGUAGCCGCACUUUUCCCUGCGAAAAGUGCGUGCAGCGUGGCAUAGCUCAUCUAUGCUCGCCCCCUCCCAAUCUUCAUCGCCCUUCAAGACGUAUUCGCCUGCGUCAAAAGCUUGCACUGGCAGCCGCUGACGCGACAGCAUCGGAUCAAAGGCAAGAGGUCAAAGAGGAUAUAGACACCAUGGACAGCUACGAGCUUGACGACGAGCACGACGCCAGCCCGUCGAAGCCAUCUCAGGACGUAAUCGGCACUGAAAAUGGCAAUGGUUUCCUCCAAGGUAACCCGCCCUUUGGUCAGCCAGAACCGACGGAUGCCGCUUCCUCUCUGUAUUCUUUGCACCGUAGAAUGCAUGAGCAUUCAUAUUGUACAGGCCCCCCAGGGCAAGAUCCAAGGAAUCAGCGUUAUCAUUCUCAUCAACAGCUUCAGCAACAACAUCAGGGGCCACAAUCUACAUCAGCGCAACAAUACCAAAGCUCCGAGUUGCACAUACUCCAACGCUCUCACUCGCUCCACCAGAUGCACGACCAAAUCGAGGCGGGUCCUCCUGCCAGCUCAUCAGCUUUAACUCGUAAGAGACCAACAGCGCACAACUCGUCUCCAACUCGCAUGCUGCCACCCGCUCAUAGCCCUUCAGAUAUGAGCUCAUCCUCCAUGCAAGAGCCAGAUAGCUUCCGUCCAUCCGAUAUGGUAAGGAUCUCGACUCGCACCCAUGUGCACCUUAACAACCCAGAAGUGGCCCAGUCUGGCGCUCUCGCUCAACUUGCUGCUGUGGCCCAAUGGCCAUCAUUGCAGCAACUUCAUCCGGACCCUGACCCUUCGGACGACCGCCGAGAUGUGUCCGUGUCGAGUGCGAAUCCAGGCAUACCAUCCGUGUCGAGUUCGCAAAUGUCGAUUGCGGGCGGCCUGCUUGGUGCAGCUUCUUCUUCGCGCAGUUAUCAGAGUGUACCUGCGAUCGGUUCAGACCAACGCAGCAUCGUGGAUGCAGACGAUGCAUUCAUUGGCAAGCCCGCACUCAACGGUCUCGGUUGGAAUCCAUUUCGCCGUCACGAGGGCGUUGGCACCGACCUUUUGUCCUGGACCGCUCAUCUCGGCAGAGGAUUCGGUCUCGUUAUUCCCAAAUACGAGCUUCGGUCUGUGCAACACUCCCUUCCGAGCAAAUCAGAAGCACAUCGCCUCCUGCAAAUAUACCUGGACGACUUUAAUUGGUCACGAUUUCCGUCCAGCCCGAAAGAGUUGACCAAGGUGAUAGACGUCUGCAUCGAUCGGUGUUCCGUCUCGGAUGAUGUGCAAAUGCUGCCCGUCAUGGCUUUCUGCUUGUCCAUAUUCAGCUUGGCUACACUCGAUUUAGCGGUUCGUCCUUACCCAACAAGGUCCUCUCGAACCUACUUUUUUGCCGCACGCAAAGCACUGUCCCUGUCCGAGAGUCUUGGACUACACACGCUCGACUCGCUAUCGGCAUCUUUGAAUCUUUGUCGAUAUUUGGAUCUUUGCCGUGUUCCUAGAUCGACCUGGCUGCAAGUGGCAUCAUGCAUGCGAGGCGCUAUCGACUUGGGCCUGCAUCUUGACGGCGCAUACCUGGGGCAAAAUAACUCGGCGACGUUGCAGAGGCGCAUUCUCUGGUCGCAUAUCAUUCAUCAAGAUCGCGAAUGGAGUGUUCUUUUCGGACGACCAAUGACCGAGAUUCCCUUUUCGACAACCCCUUCGCCGACACUACAAGAUUAUUUGCUGUCCGGGCUUGAGCUUCCAUGUGCUCAGUAUCUCGUGGUGCGUGACUCUUUUCGAAUCUAUAUCGAGCGUAUCUCGCGUCUCUUUCAGGAGAUUGCUGCUAGCUCCACCUCUUCGCCAAGUAGCCGGAUCUACGAACGAGCGCUCGAAAUCGACCGCGAUAUCGUUGAUUUCGUCGCAAACCUGCCACCGUGCUUAUCGGUGGGGUUGCCUCUGUUCGGUGGCGCCAUGAGACAUCAAGACUUUUCGACCACUUUCUACCAUCACCUUUGCACCAAUCAGAUCCUGUUUUUCCGCUCUUUGCUGCAUCGACCCUUCUGGAUGGAGUCUUCGGACCUAGUAUCCUCCGACAGAUUCAAGCACUCGCGCCAGAUCUGCGUCGAUCUCGCCCUCAGCGACUUGCGUGGGCGUCGCUUGCUUUCGCGCCGAAUUCCUGUGACCAUGCUUUGUCAUCUGUACGGCAGUGCCUACUCGAUGCUGAGUAUGAACACCGUCAUUGCCAGCGACAUGCUGUUUGCGCUGGAGCUCGAGGAGAUUCUUCUGGUCGAACAAGUGCAAGAAAAGCUCGGCUUUAUCCAGGAAUAUGUGGCGACGGUACGUGCCAACAUUCAGGAAUCGCGUGGCGACCACCUCGCCGUUAAAGAACUCUACUUGAUGCGAUCGCUGCUGAAACGCAUCCAAGACAAAGUCGCAACGCUGAAUCCGCAGAGUGUCGGAUUCCAGGUUCUCGGCGUGCGUUACCCAGGGGGUUGUGCAGACCGACUCGCAAUGACGCUGACAGAGCUGCAGAGUGCAGCCCACCUGCUGCUCUCAAUGGCGCGUGCGGGCGUGCGCAUCGACGAUGCAACUCGAGUCCCUCCAACAGGCGAGGAUAAGAUUUCCAUGAGCAGCGGAUCGGAUCCCAGCUCUGCACCAUCAUCGAUUGGCGCAAAUGCAGGUGUAUCUGCAGGCGAUCGACCGUAUGCUCCAUCGCAAGGCGGCUAUCUUGCUGCAAGGGAUGCACGUCUCGGUCUCGAAGGGGAGGCUCACGUCGCUACGGAGAGAGCCGGAAUAGGCGACGCUGCGUCCGUUUCAAGCACGCUCAACGCUGCCAAUGCGAAUGCAGUCACGCCUUCCGUUGAUUCUCUCGAUCUCUUCCUGUCUAAUGCUGACGAAUGGCUGUCGUCGUUGCUCAAUCCUGGCGCGGCUGCAUUCUCCGCGCCGACACAGCCGCUCGACUUUGGAUUCUCUCUGUUUUGA